AUGGGCAAACUCGGUACCGCCCGCUCUCCUCCAGCAAGAGCAGUCCCAUCGAGCUUCCCACGCAUGGAUCCACCUCCACCCUAUGAAGCACGUUCCAGUUCCUCGUCCGCUCAUAGUCACGACCGACUUCAUCCGCAAGAGGUCAACCAGACGCAGACACAGACGCAGACGCCGUCGCAGCAGCAGCCUGAAGCUCCGCGACAGCAAAUGCGAGGCGGACCCCAACCUCCAACAGCAGAGAAUGAUCCAUGCCAAAAGAGGAAGACGGAAGACGGCUGUUGUACAUUUGGCGACGGUGCAGAUGGAUGUAUGGUGUACGGCGAUCAUGCGGAAGGUCAAUAA